GCUUGUGCGUGACAAACGAAGAGCUCUCUGUUUGGUCAAUAGACUCUUUAUGUUUCUUUCUGUAUUAGCUUACACGUAAUUAGAAGUUUCUCUGUUUAUCUGCUUACAAUUUUGUUAUUUAUCUGCCGAGUUGUUCCUCUGGGCAGAAGACUUUGUAAUUAAGUGAAUGCACUUUACGAGUUGCACUUAAUCCAAGUGUUGGAUUUUUAUCUACAAGCAUCAUGUGUGUGAUUUGAAGAGGAAACACCUGCUGAGGACUUUAAGGUGCUGCGAUCACUGACGCUUCCCGUCUGAACUUAAAGCAGAAAUCAUCAUGAAGUCUCUAUAAAAGUUUUACAGCCGAGAAAGGAAUCUGAGCUUUUAUUUUUGGAUCAGAGAUGGAUCUGACCGGGCAAAGGUUAAAGUACCUGGCGCUGCUGUUACUCUCUGUGAUCUGUGUGCAGGGAGACUUCGUGGAGCCCCCUCAGCCCGAAACCCCGCUGCGCUCCUUUGCAGAGAGUGAGACCAGACUGCCCUGCCACUACCAGGUGGAGGGAGGGCAGAAGGUGGUGCAGGUCACGUGGUACAAGGACCUCCCAGACGGCAGCAAGGAUCAGAUCAUCACUGCUCACUUUGUGGACGGACACACAGAGUUUGGGCGUUUCUCCGGCCGGGUGAGGUUCGAGAGCGGGAGUCCCACGGUGAACUCGGCUCUUCUCAUCCCGAACACGGAGGAGUCGGACAAGGGCAGCUACACCUGCCACAUCUCCACCUUCCCCAACGGAAACUUUGAGAGGCACAUCACCCUCACCGUCUGGAGUAAGAGUCAUCAUCUCUCUCUCGUUUUCUCCUUUUCCUCUCUUCUCCCACACAUUUCUAAUCCUGUCAGAGCUGCUGUAAUGAUGUUUAAACCAUAAUCAUGUUGACAGAAG